GAGGAGUUGGCUCAGAAGAAGGCCCGCCUAGAAGCUAUUAGACAAGAAAGGCGACUCCGGGAAGAACAAAAAAGAACAUAUAAAGAUCAUAACACAGCAGGGAUUGAAAAUGCGGCUCCCAUCAGUGAUCUUCGGUCCGAAACAGAGGAAAUGCUUAAGACUCUUGGGCUCUCUUCUAGUCCACAGACUGAGGCUGCAAUUGAACAAAUACACGAUUUGAAAAAAAAUACCCUGGAAAAUCGCAAGUGGCUUCAUUCACACAACAGAAAUAAGAAGUUGCAGGUGGCAAGGGUUUAUGAGACUUCAAUUCCUCCACAUGAUAACGUUAGUUACUCUAAAGAAACCCAAACGAUUGAAGAAAUUAGUGGAAACGAUUGUGAGUGCAAUUUGCCUAUUGGGCUAGCCACCUACCUUGCACUCGGGCAAAGGACUUCUAUGGUAAGCAAUCUUCUUAAAAUUUAA